UUCUCCAAAGACCCUUUAGUUGCUUUGGUGGUAGAUCUUUUUGCGUUUCAGGCCUUGGAGUUUGCAAAGGAGUUCAAGGCCCUGUCCUAUUUUUACUUCCCUAGUUCAGCUUUGGUAUUGUCACUGCUUUUACACGCGCUAAAAAUGGAUGAGGAAGUUUCAGGUGAGUACGCGGACCUAACAGAACCUAUAAAGUUACCAGGUUGUGUACCAGUCAUGGGGGUUGAUCUUCCGGAUCCAGUCCAAAACCGAUCCAGUGAAAUUUACAAGCAGUUUCUUCAACGUGCCAAAGCAUUCGCUACAGCUGAUGGGAUCUUGAUCAACACUUUCAUAGAAAUGGAAUCAAGUGCUAUAAGAGCGUUGGGAGAGUUUGGAGGUGGGAAGGUCAAAUUAUACCCAGUGGGACCCAUUACACAGAAAGGGUCAAGCAAUGAGGCUGAUGAGUCGGGUAAGUGUUUGAGAUGGUUGGACAAGCAACCACCUUGUUCGGUGUUGUACGUUUCAUUUGGAAGUGGUGGAACACUCUCUCAACAACAAAUUAAUGAGCUAGCUUGGGGUUUGGAAUUGAGUUGUCAAAGGUUCUUGUGGGUUUUGAGAGCACCAAGUAAUUCAGCUAGUUCUGCGUAUCUUGAAGUUGCAAAGGAGGACCCUUUGCAAUUCUUACCAAGCGGGUUCUUGGAAAGGACAAAGGAUAAAGGUUUGGUUGUGCCUUUAUGGGCACCUCAGAUUCAGAUCCUUAGUCACAAUUCAGUUGGUGGAUUUCUUACCCAUUGUGGUUGGAACUCGACCUUGGAGAGUGUGCAAGAGGGAGUACCGCUAAUCACAUGGCCACUCUUUGCAGAGCAGAAGAUGAAUGCAGUGUUGUUAACCAAUGGACUUAAAGUGGCAUUGAGGCCAAAGUUGAAUGAGAAUGGCAUAGUUGAGAAGGAGGAAAUUGCAAAGGUGGUAAAGUGUCUCAUGGAUGGGGCAGAAGGCAAAGGAAUGCAUGAAAGAAUGGAAAACUUAAAAGAAUCUGCUGCCAAUGCACUGAAGGAUGGUUCUUCUACACAGACCCUGCUUGAGUUGGCUAGCCAUUGGGAAAGUUUGAGUGGGAUUUAGAAAAAUAGUUUUUCUUGUACAGUUUUACGUCUUGGUCUUGACUUGGAUAUCUACUUGGCUGUGUUUUCUUCAUGGGGUGAAGUGAUCGUUGUGUGAUUUCUGAGUUCUAUUGCAUCUUUUGGCACAUUACAGACA